AUGAAAAUUUUCAACUCUGUUCCCCUCCUUCUCCUCCCCUCCAUUGUCUCUGCCCUUCCCAGCGAGCUCGCUGAGGUUGAACUAGACACAAGAGCCUGUGUUUCUUUCAAGAACCCUGUCACCAAUGUUAGCGGUUGCUGUGACGUCGUAACCGCCCAGCUCUUCUGGAUUGAUAUCAUUCUCGGUCUUGGCGUAUGUUGCCCUCUGGGCCAAGUGCUCGAUGGCUUCAACUGCGUCGCUCCUCCUUCCAACGGCAGUACCUGUACCGGUGAACCUGUAUGCCCGCACAAAAUUGGCACUGAUCUGGGCAUCAAGUACGGCCACUGCUACGUUCUUCUGAGUCUCAAUAACAACUACCUUGGUCAUGACUCCGCUACCAAGUACGUCGUUAACGGCGAAAACCCUGGUGUUGUGUUCCGCGUCUGUGGGGAUACGACCAACUGUGUUACCACGGCCGAUCAAUACGUUACCACGAAUGGUACAUGGUACAUGCAAGACCAGUUUGGAGAUCCCAACGGUUCUGGUUUUGGUUGGCUAGGCGGCUCCGGUGAUCUUUCGAUUCAGAACUCCAGCACUGCACUUGUUAUGGGCGGUUCGACUACUUGCUUCGGCGGUAGCUGUGCAAUUUGUAUUAACUUCCCUCCUGGCGGUGCUCAUGCCCCUUGCCCUCUGGCUCCGGGCCAGUCGCAUUUGGGCAUUGCGCCUAACCCAAACAGCUGCCAGAACUUUUAUUGGCAAGAGGUGCCGUGUCGCUCGGAGAAGUAA